AUGUCCACGGCCAACUGGAGCCGUGCCACCUGUAAGCAUCUCUACGAAGUUAACGGCACCAUCCAACAAUGCUACUUCUCCGACGACGAUCUGUUGCACGCCAUCUACUCCUUUAUUGAGCCGAAGCCUCACGAAUGGGUGUUUACGGCGUUGUAUGGGAUUGUGUUCGUGCUGGGUCUCACAGGCAACUUUCUCGUGUGUUUCGCGGUGUGGAAAAACAGUCAGCUCAGGACGUCAACUAACCUGUUCCUAGUGAACCUGGCAGCAGCAGACUUCCUCGUUAUAACACUGUGUCUCCCUCCGUCGUACAUCCAGGCAAUAUGGGAGACCUGGUUCCUAGGGGACACCAUGUGCAGGAUUGUGGAGUAUUACCAGACGGUGACGAUCAUCGUGUCUGUCCUGACGUUGACGGCGAUCUCCAUUGAACGCUGGUUCGCCAUCUGCCACCCUCUGACGUUCAAGGAGACGAAACGUCGUGUGGUCAUUUCCAUCGUCGUCAUCUGGAUGCUGGCUCAUACGUUGGCGGUUCCGCGAUUGCUGCUGUUCAAAGAGACGCCGGAUGAGAUGAUUCCGCAGAAUCUGACGUUGCUGUUGACGUCGUGUACACCGGAUAAAUCCAUGAACACCCUUGCUCUCAACUACGACAUAUUUAUUUUCGUCACCUUCUAUCUGGUGCCGGUCGUCAUCAUGGCGUAUACUUACGUCAGCAUCGCAGCCUGCCUGUGGUCCAGCACCAAGACCGGCUCACACCUCACAGAGGGAGAACAGUCGGCAGUGACGGCUCAAGUACAAGCUCGUAGACGGGCUGCCCGGAUGUUGAUAGUGGUGGUGCUGGUGUUCAUUAUGUGUUUCCUUCCCAUGUACACGUGGAACCUGAUGAGGUUGACCGACAGUCCACUGAUAGCUAUGAUCCAUCCACACUCAGUGUCUAUCUGCACCCUCACAGCUCACUGGCUCGUCUACUUCAACAGCUCCAUCAACCCAAUCAUCUACAACUUCAUGAGCGGCAAGUUUCGGAAGGAGUUCCGGUCCGUGUGUUCCUGUAUCCACAUCCCUUGUGAUGGCAAGGACAUGCGCAGAUACAACAACCAUGAACUGGAGCCUCUCUCCACAACCAAAGGUGGACGUCGUUACAUCGGGAAGGAGUCGGAAUCCUAUGAUGUAAGCAGGAGUCGUACCGUUUUCUCAGAAGCUUAAGUCGUAUCGGAG